AUGUCUUCUACAGUUUUCGUCACCGGCGCUAACGGUUUUAUCGCACAGAAUUUGGUCAGCAAGUUGCUUGAAAAGGGCCACAAGGUGAUUGGCCAAGUGCGCUCUGGGGAGAAAGGCACUCAAUUGGCUAAGAUUGUGAAUAAUGAAAACUUUUCUUAUGUUGUUGUUCCUGUAAUUGAAGCAAAGAAUGCCUUUGAUAAGCCAUUGAAGGAUCACCCGGAAGUGGAAACCUUUUAUCAUACUGCUUCUCCAGUUAGAUUUUCUGAUGAAGAUGUUGAGAAUCAAACGCUUAUUCCAGCUAUCAACGGUACCAAAUAUGUUUUGCAAUCCAUUAAGGACUAUGCUCCACAACUUAAACAUUUUGUGUACACCUCUUCCGCAGGUGCAUUGGUUGACUUUAAUAACCUUUCAAUUGUUAAUGAAGAAUCUUGGUCUCCAAUUACUUACGAGCAAGCCAAGGGCAGUGGGGUGGGUGCUUAUGUAGGGUCAAAGAAGUUUGCUGAACAAGAAGUAUGGAAGUUCCGUGAUGAAUACAAGCCAAAGUUCUCUGUUGUGACUGUUUUACCUUCCUUUGUUCUAGGUCCUAAUGCUUAUGUGGCCGAUUUAAAGAACUUGACAUCAACUGGUGCCACUUUUAGUAAGUAUAUCAAUGCCAAGACUAGAGAAGAAUUGGAAGACAUGCUUCAAUUCCCUUCUGGCGUUGAUAUUAGAGAUGUUGUUAAUGCCCAUGUCUUUGCGGCUGAAAAUGAACUAGCUAAUGGUAAAAGACUUGUUUGUCAUAGUGGUACAUAUAAUGCUGAUCUUGUGCUUACCAUAUUGAAUGAAAAGUUCCCAGGAAAGACUAAUCUUAAGCCAAGUGAGCAAUCUUCUUCUCAAGUACCCGAUGUUAUUGAUAAUAAGGCUACUAAGGCUUUAUUGGGAGAGUUUAUUUCCAUUGAACAGUCAAUCACUGAUGCCAUUGACCAGCUUGUUAAGAAUGGCGUUUUUUAA